UGCAGUUGCAGAAACAUUCGGGCACGACUAUACAACGAGUGUUGUACAUCACGAUCGCACCCCUAAACCCCGAAUUAUAGUUACCCAAAAUCAGCUUAUUUUUCUGUUUUUUUUAUUUCGGGACUUUGGUGUUAUCGUCAUUGUCAAGUGGUAGAAUAGUUUUCCGUUUGUCUAUAACCCGUGUCUUCGUAUAAAAAAACCGUGUUCAUCUUCCCGUCCGCAUAAAUGGCGAGUGAUAUAAUCAACUAUUCUUCUCGACAUUAUCAACCGAAUUAUUCAGUGAAGCAAGAAUGCAUGACAGCCCUUGGUGUAGCGGCCACACCGUCGUCGUCGGCUGUGCCCGGCGACGGGCGUUACGUCGUCCAGGACCUGUCACAAUCGGCGCCGUCCUACUGGAUGCCGGGCGCGGAACAGCAGCAGCUGGUAACGUGCGUCGUCGGCCAUCCGAUCGGUAGCACCGCGUCGUCUUCGUCAUCGUUCGUGGACGACGAAUCCACGUCGUACGAGGACAUCACGUACAACAAUUAUGGACCGUCGUCAGUGGCCGCGCUGCAGGCCGCCGCCGCAGCCGCGGCCGCCGUGGCCAAUUGCGACUACGGUGGCCUUUACGGUCAUCAUCUGCAGCAACACCAACAGCAACAGCAGCAGCCGUUGCUGCAGUACGGCAAUGUCGGUUACUACGACGGCGGUUACCAACAGGUCGGCCACUUGCAGGGCUACGACGAAAAGCCGGCGGCGUACGACAACAAUAACGCGGCCGAUGUUUGCGACAUGAAUUCCGCAGUGACGGCCGCCGCGGUGGCCGUCGCUUAUGACGAUCCGUACUCCGCGACUAACGUGUCACAACUCGAUCGACAGCCGCUCACUCCACAGUACCGUCCAGCACAACAGAACAACAACAACGCAUCCGCCGCCGCCGACGACGACGACGACGACGACGAUAACGAUGACGACGAAGAAGGAGCAAACGACGAUGAUGACAACAAUAAACGACUGCAGCUUCAGCCACAGCAGCAACAGCAACUGCAAUUUCAACGGCGACAACAGCUGCUGCAACAGCAACAGCAUUUGAUGCACCAACAGUGCGGUUCUUCCGAGUCUGUCCCGACGACUCUGAUGCCGGCGGCGGUGCCGGUAGUGCGUGUCGUCAAGCGCAGGAACACGGCCAACAAGAAGGAACGGCGGCGCACGCAGAGCAUCAACAACGCGUUCUCCGACCUCAGGGACUGCAUACCCAACGUGCCGUCCGACACUAAACUGUCGAAAAUCAAAACGCUCCGGCUGGCCACGUCCUACAUCGGUUACCUGAUGACCGUGCUGGACAGCGAUGACCCGGACACGGACGGUUUCAAAGCCGACCUGUCCGCGCACACGUCAAAGCGGUCGUUGCAGACGCUACACGCGCAGGCUGAUAAGACGCAUCAACAGCAGAUGAUGAUCCCUCGAAAUCCUUUGAAUCCUACCAACGACCACCAACACCAAGAACACCAACACCACCACAAGAGGAGCAAAGGCAGGACCGGAUGGCCACAAGAUGUAUGGGCAUUAGAACUGAAACAAGAACAAGUGUAACCACACACCGGAUGCCCGAUUUUUCGGAGACUUUUUUUUGUUAUUGUUAAAAAAUGAUCAAUAAUCAUACAUAGGCGCGAAAAAAAAUUGAAUCUUUGUAAGGAUCACUAGCGCCGAUCCUGAAUGUGUAUAUAAUAUAGUUAUGAGUAAUGUCAUUUAUAUAUCUAUUUACCAGAGUUAUGCUUACUCUAUGUAUAUAAAAUGUACGUGAAACCAUAUACAGAAUGCAAUAAUGAGACAUAA